UUACUCGCACUUUUCCUGCGACGUUUAUUGGUCGUUUAGAAGGCGAAUCGGGUGUUUACAGUUUAAACGCGGAUGUCGAACCGGUGUUUUUCUGAUGGACAGACAGGUCAUAACGCGUUUAAUUCACUUUAAGUGGACCAGUCGCGUCUGACCACUUCCGGACUUCACCUUUUUGAAGAUGUCGCGUGCGGGUGCGACCUGCCCGAGCUGCGGCUCGUCCAACAUCGUAGACGAUGAACUUUACUCUCAGGCGCAGCUGGUGUGCGUGGACUGCGGAACCGUGGUGUCCGAGGGCGUCCUGGCCAGCGACCCGGUCGGAGGUUCAGAUGUUUCUUACAGCAGAACUACUGCUGUCGCUAAGAAGCCAUGUCCAAAUCUGAUUAAAGGGCUGCAGCGUGUCAGAGCCUUGUGUCGGAUUCUUCGGGUCAAGAGUGAAAUCGAAGAUCUCUCACAGACCUAUUACAGCCAGGCCUAUCAGCAUGUGAGCUUUAUCAAUGUCACCCUCCAUAAGAAGGAGGUUCUGGCUGGCUGCUGUGUGCUUGUUAGCUGCAGGCUGCUCAACUGGCCCAUUACUAUGGGAACCAUCAGCUGCCUGCUGGACGCCGACCCGGAUCUGGUGGGAGUGAUUUAUAAAGAAAUGGUCAAGAUUCUCAACAUUGAGGCUCCAAUCGUCAACUUGACAGAUGUGAUCGCGACCCACAUUCAGGAGUACAAAAUUAGCUCUGCUGAUGUCUCUGGAGAUUUGGCUGUGAACUCUCAGGACUUGACCAAACGUGCUGUAGCUCUGGUGGAGCUGGCAGCAGAUGCCUGGAUCGUAACUGGCCGUAGGCCCAUCCCAAUCAUGAUGGCGGCAAUCUAUUUAGCUUGGCAGUCUCUGAAACCCACCAAGCAGCGGCUCAAGUUCUCGCUGGACAAAUUCUGUCAGCUCGCCAAAGUGAAAAAGCACCAACCUGCUGCGAAGAGAAUAACCGAGAUAAAGGAGAUGCUGUGUAAGCUGGGUAAGGAGAUUCCCUGGGUCAGGGAAACGGUGUCACCAGAGAAUGUUGCUCGGCAGGUGGAAGACAUUCUGCAGUACAGGUUUGCCCUGCUAAGGAGGGCUCUGAGAACCCACGAAGAGGCUUUGCUGGAUGAGUGUCAGGCCAGCUGUCAGGACUCUCCAGCUGAAGAGGCUGUUCUUUCCCACUCCUCUGAGCCUGUAGAUCAGACUCCAAAUGCACCCUCCUUGGAACAGUGUGAAAUGAAUGCUGAAAGGGAACCAGGAGAUGAACAUGAGAAUCUCUGCACAGAGCCACAGAGUGACACACAGGAGAGCCAGGCCCCAGCACCAAACUGGGGAAAGAGACUGCUAUUUGUUCCCCCAUGUGUGAUUCAUCCAAAGAGGAGAAGAAUGGAGCAGCCAGACCUGAAGGACGUAACCGGAGAUGAGGAAAUCUCCGACAGUGAAAUUGACUCAUACAUCCGCACUCCUCAGGAGACUAGAGACUUUGCUCGCACCCAGAAGAUACUGUCUCUUUCUGAGAGCGACAAAUAGUUGUGUAUGAAGAAAAUGAUUUCCUGUUCCGUUAUGAGUUAUAAAAGACAAAUGUCUUCCAUUAUAAUGCACUAAUACACUGGCCAUGGCCAUGAACACCGUCGUUUGAAAGGCAAGAUUAGCAUAAAAGGAUGUGUUUGCCUCCCUGUGCUUGGCAGUAGCAGCGAUUUAGGCUUUUAGGUAGCAUUUGUUACACAGUCGGGUUUGAACACUUCUUUUCACACAUAUUUCAUGUCAUGGCAAAAUCUCUGCUUUCUUAGUCUUACGAGGUCUCAAAUAAAGGAUUUCACUCUGUU